AUCAUGUGAUGCGAUCAUGCGAGCUAUAAAAGUAGCUCAAAAAUCGUAAUGGAGUAUGAACAAGUUUUCUCUACUUCUCUCUCAUACAAAAACAAAACAAUAUAAAAUAAAUUUUGCGAUUUGUUUUCUUUUCUCUGUUAUCAUGAACGUAUCAGCCACCGAUUUUAGAAAUAUUCCUGUUAUAGAUAUUAGCGCUUUGGUGCGAAAAUCUGACGAUACAAAUAUGGCGGGGGAUGAUGGUGUGCGCGAAGUUGUCAGAGAAUUGGAUAAAGCUUGUAGACAGAUCGGCUUUUUUUAUGUGAAAGGUCAUGGGAUCCCUAUCCCCCUUUUAAAUGAAGUCAGAGAUAUGUCGCACAAGUUCUUUGAGCUUCCUCAUGAAGAAAAACUCAAGAUAAAAAUUUCUGCGGCGACUGGAUAUAGAGGUUAUCAGGAAGUUGGAGAAAAUUUUACCAACGGUGUUCGUGAUAUGCAGGAAGCCAUUGAUUGUUACAGAGAAUAUAAACAAGGGAUGUAUGGAAAAAUGGGAAAACAAAUGGAAGGUUCCAACUUAUGGCCGUCGAAUCCUCAACACUUCAAAUUGGUGAUGGAGGAAUACAUAGGACUUUGCACAAAACUGUCCAAAACUAUCAUGAGAGGUAUUGCAUUGGCCUUGACUGGGUCGGCUAAUUCAUUAGAAGGAGAUAUAGCAGGCGAUCCAUUUUGGAGCAUCCGGAUGAAUGGCUACCCUGGAAUCUCGAACGCGAAUGCCCUUAACAUAACAAAAAAUCACGUGGGAAGUGGAAUCCACACAGAUUACGGUAUUCUCACGUUACUUAAUCAAGAUGAGAAUAUAAAUGCAUUGCAGGUUAAAAACCGCUUGGGUGAAUGGAUAUGGGCUCCUCCAAUUCCUGGCACAUUCAUGUGUAACAUCGGAGAUAUGCUAAAGAUUUUGUCCAAUGGAUUAUAUGAGUCUACUCCACAUCAAGUGACCAACAUGACUCCGAAUUAUCGUGUUUCCGUCGUCUAUUUUUAUGAGCCAAAUUACGAUUCAACCAUUCAGCCCUUGGACAUUUGCGUUGAGAAGUCAGGCGGAGAAAAGAAAUUUGAGGCAGUUGUAUAUGGAGAUCAUCUUACUGCUAAAGUAAGAAAUACUUUUAAGUUUGAAGAUGGUGGAAACUCAACUGGUUUGAUAGUCAAAAAAUCAAUGUAACCCUACUUUUAUUAAGUUAUUACUUCCUCUGUUUCACAAUAAGGCACGUACGAUAUUUGAAGUCGAACUUUGAGUGUUAAUUACUCUUAAUUUAUGUUGAUAAAAAAAUUUAAAAAAUAAUAUUAUUAUAGUAAUUUUCAAGACGAA